UGAGGCAGGUGAGAUGUUGGAUGACGUAGGCCUCUCCUUCACAAAUCGCUCCAGAAAGCUCAGAGCAUUCAUGAAUUUCCAUUUUCUCUGACUUCCUCCCUCAGAGCCACUUUUCUUCUCCCUUUCUGCUUUCCUCUCCUUAAUAUACUUAUCUCUCAAAUAUUUCCAUUUCUUUCUGCCCUCAUCCUCUGAAUAAACGUAAUGAUUAACAGUUUCAUAUAACCUUACAUGUUUGCAAACAAUUGUCAGUGACUGCCAGAGCGGUAUUCACCUCGAUUUUUAUAUUUGUAAUACUUCUCAAAAUACUAUUAAUGAGAAAAAAGUGCAUUGCGCGACACUGAAAAGUUUUAUCUUAGCAAGGAAAAGGUAACUAGCUAAGGGCUAGCACGACAGUCAAUAAACAUUAGUGUAAAAACGGUAUUUUGCUUACCAGUUAUUCCAAGCUCCAAGCCUAUGCGUCUCCAUGCAUUGUUUCUCCUAUUGGCGUCAAAAUAAUGGGGGCUUGACAAAUCAUAAAGUUCAGGAAAUCCCUGGACCAAAAUAAUGAGCUGCUCCUCCAUGUUUCUGCUGAGGCGUCAGUGUAACGGAAAAGGCGAGGAAGCUAAUUGGUUGAAUCUUGUCACAUGACUCGCGGUGCGUUUGCGGCAUUUUGAAAAGUUGAGAUGUUUCCAACUCGUCGCGGCGCAGACGCGCCUGAAAAAACCGGGCGCGUCGCACCACGUGCGCGUCGCGACCGCGUCGCUUCCGUUAUGAGCGCGGCUGCCGCGCGUCUACAUUUGAAAUAAUGGACUUGAGCGCGCAAAAGACGCGAUAUGUGAACGCCCCCUUAUGCGUGUUCUUGAUCAACGGCCACUGGAUAUGGACUUUCUAGAGUUUACCUGUCGCCAGGACCUGGUUUUUCUUAAUGCUUUGUCUGAACAAAUUGAGGUGCCACCGCAAAUCUUUAGUGGUUUAGUCGACAUCCUCAGUAUGAUUGAAUACGAAAAAGAACUCCACCAACAGCCCGUAAUCUUGGAGGAGGACAAAACUGGUCCUGGGCGUCCGAGGCUGCAUUUGAAUGAAGAUCGUCUCUUACAUCUUUUAGGCAUGCAGCUGCCAGUUCCCUGUAUUGCAAAUUUACUGGGAGUGUCUAAACGUACUGUUUUUAGAAGAAUGGCAGAAUGCAAUGUAUCUGUCAGGGGACAUUACAGUACUCUAUCCAAUGAGGAGCUUGACAGACUUAUUAUUGAUAUAAAAACAUCAAUGCCUAAUGCAGGGUACAGAAUGGUCAGAGGAGCCUUGAAGGGAAUUGGACAUCUGGUACAGUGGGAGAGGGUGGUGGCAUCUAUGCAUCGUGUAGAUACAGCAGGAAUUUUGUCAAGGUUGACUCAGCUUGGCUGUGUUGUAAGGAGAACCUACUCUGUACCUUGUCCAAAAUUCCUUUUCCACAUUGACACCAACCACAAGCUUAUUCGAUCAUGUAUCUUGGAACUGCAAACAACAAUUUGGCCUCUACCACACUGAGAUUUUUUAACCAAGCUGUGCAGCAGUAUGGCUUUCCACUGAGGGUUCGGGGGGACCACGGCAACGAUGAAUGUGGAUGUUGCCAGGUUGAUGUUCACAGUACGGGGAACAGGAAAGGGCAGCUACAGUAUAUAGCUGGAAAAAGUGUGCACAAUCAAAGAAUUGAAAGGCUGUGGCGAGAUGUAUGGAUGGGUGUCACCUGGACCUUUUAUAAUCUCCUUCACAAUUUGGAGGAACAGGGGAAUCUGGACAUCUCUGACAGUGUGCACCUGUUCUGUUGCCAUUACGUCUUCAUCCCUCGGCUUCAGACAAGCCUUCAUGUCUUCUGUUGUGGUUGGGAUGAUCAUCCCUUACGAUCAGAGGGAAACAUGACUCCUAACCAACUGUGGGAAGUUGGCCAAAUGCAGAAUCCCAUCCCAGAUCCAGUCGGUUUGGAAGAAUUGCAUAUUCCCAACAUUGACUGGGAAGAUAGUAUACAGAUCAAUUUCCAGGCUAACUAUGGUGUGACUGUACCAGAAUUGAGGAGUCCACUUACUGAAGAACAGCUAAAUCAACUGAGUGAGCAUUGACCCACUACGUCCUUCAGACUGUUAUGGUGUAGACAUUUAUCAGGCAACACUGAACUUUGUCCAGUCUCUUUUAGAAGAGAGUGUGCUAUGAGAUUAUACAAGCUAAGGAUGUUUUCUCCCUAGUUUUCAUCUCAUAGCUGUGGCCUCCCAGUUGUAAGAAUUAAACAAUGUUGUAAUGUAUGUAAUGAAAGAAUUUCCUAUUUAACUGUACUGUAGUCUAGUUGUUGCCCUGUUUUACCAAAGAAUACAAACAGCAUGUUACCGAAUUUAAGAACUUUAAUUAGGUUAUACCAUAUAGAAAACAGUAUAAACAGUCAUGGAAAACUAUUUUUUUAUAAUAAAGCAGCUGGAUGACUUGA